AUGGCCAUCUUAGCUCACCAAAUACGCCCAUCAGUACUGCGCAAUGCGGCUCGAGGCCAGGCACGAUGUCUCACCACCAACGCGGCUGAUGCUGCAUCCAAACUACUCGAGACAUUCGCCGGCAAAGAUGUCACGCGCAAGCAGCUCUUCGACUCAAAUCAACUGCAGCGCCUCAGCUUAACGCUCAAUCGCAAACACCUCCAUCCCGGAGUCGACGUUUCCGAUAAACCCCCUGCCCAAGGCACACCACUUCCGCCGGGUUACCACCUGGUGUAUUUCACGCCAGUGGGUGUUGAAAGUGAACUGGGAAUGGAUGGCACCGACAAGACAUUCAACGCGCCAGCCCCGUUCACACGGAGGAUGUGGGCCGGCGGCAAGAUGCAGUUCAUCGAGGGUACAUCGCUGAAGGUUGGCGAGGAAGUCGAGGAGCGCACGAGACUUGUGGGAGCAACGCCGAAGAAGAGCAAGAGCGGGGACGAGAUGGUUCUCGUUGAUGUCGAGAAGGAGUUCUGGGGACGGGACGGGCUUGUCGUUAAGGAUCAAAGAUCAUGGAUAUUCCGCCCGGAAGUCAACGUCUCGUUAGCUGCAAAGACCGCCCCGCCUCGCGCCGAAAGAAAACCGGCAUUCGGACCUUCGAGCAUCACGGACGAGAAAAGCGCGGAUGGCACCGUGAUUCGGCAUUUGCGAUGGUCACCUGUCGGUCUCUUCCGGUUUUCUGCUCUGACUUUUAACGGACAUAUGAUUCACUAUAACGAACCGUGGACGAAGGACAUCGAACGUCAUCCAGAAGUCGUGGUUCACGGACCGCUGAACCUGAUCAACAUGCUAGAUUACUGGCGAGAUGUUUACGGACAUGACGGAAGGGAAGUUCGACAGGUUGGCUACAGGGCUAUGUCGCCGUUAUAUGCCGGAGAUGAGUACACUAUUCGCACAGCGGCAAUUGAUGGCGACAGGAAGUAUGAGAUAUUGGUAGAGAAGGGCAGUACCGUUUGCAUGAAAGGUGAGAUAAUUGGAAGCUGA